UGUGAAAGUCCUGCUCUCAGGGGCAGGAGGUGCAGAGCAGGGAAGCAGGUGAAAUGUAGCCUGACAGGUCUGAUGGGAGUGCACAGAGACAUAGUGAGCGAAGCAGAGAGGUUUGCUGAGUGACUGACAAGCCUGUCAUUCAGGUGGAUUUAGGAGCAGUCUGGCUGGAAUUAGGACAAUCACAUUGUUGUGUUGGUGUUGAUGAGAGUGAAACUGGAGUGCACCUGUUCAUUUCACUGACAGAGGGGGGGACCUCAGGGCCCUGUGGACACCCACCAUCAACGCAGCAGGGGCAGCAGAAGCACAAGCAGACUUAGAGUGGAAUUUCCCUCCUGUUCCUGGGCUGGGGGCAAAUAGUCGUUCUGAGUAUCUGAGCAGAACUCAGGAAGGAGAGUGAGAGGAAGGGUGGGAGGAGGGCCAGAGAGGGAGAGGAAGAGAAGCCAGAAGUGGACAGUAGAGGAGACAUGCUUCGCUACGGUUCAAGACCAACUGUUUCCACCACCACAACAGAGGACUCUCCUUUAAGUGAGAGGAGGAUCAGACGCCUGAGGCUGACUCUGCAUGACGGAGAAAAUGGAAACAAGGAGCCAAAACCUGAAAACUCAGACACAACUGAGAAUGAAAAAGAUGUGAGCGGGACAUGGAAGAAGAAGAAUGGGCUCAUCCAAAGAGAAAGUCCACCUGGCCAGGAGUCACCUCAGCAGCACCUUGGGGACAUGACCAAUGGGGUGCCAGAGACCUCGCUGCGGCAUCAUGGGCCCAAAGUGUAUGGUGUAGUGCAGAGGACAGGCUCGGACAGACAGGAGGUGAUGGCUCGCGAGUGGACAGCCAAUCACUUACAGGAUGAGAUGAGAUAUAUCCGGGAGGUGAGAGAUUCUCUUGAAAAAGUCAGAGAGCGGAUGUAUGGCCAGUUUGGAGGAAUGCAGCAAUCAGUGCAGAAGCUUUCACAGGAUCUCAGGGCUGCCAAUGCACAAAAGAGGAGUCUGGAGUCAGAGGUUAAGAUCCGGACGGCAGCCAUGGAGAGCUUUGAUCAGAUGAACAGCUCCCUCAUAUCUGCUAACCUCAGCCUGCAGAAAUCCCUUUUGGAGGACUGUCAGAAGAGAGUGAACUCAAGAGAUGAGGUGAAGAGUUUGCAGAGCACCUGUGAGAAAGCACAACAAAAACUCAGAGACACGGAGCGUGAGCUGGCUGCAGUGCAGGCUGAAAACCAAACUUUGAGACUUCAGGUGGAGUCGUCACAGGAGGCCAACAAUAAGGCGCUAAAGGAGCUCUCAACAAAGCUAGAGAGGGAGUACGAGGAAAAGCUGCAGGAGGAACAGCGCAAGCACAGGGAGGAGAUUGAAAACCUACAGGCCCAACUCGAUGAGUACAUCAGACGACUCGAGGAAGCAGAGAGAAACAUCAAGAUCGCAGAAGCCAAGAUUGCUGAGAGGGACCAGAGGAUCAUGGAGGUGGAGCGUCUCCUGGACUGUAUGGGAAAGGAAAAGAGCCAACUCGAAAAGAAGCUGAAGGAAUGUGAACAGCGGCUUCGCUUGUUGGAGCUAACGGACACAACUGACGCAACUGUAGCCAAAAGAUCCAAAGAGCUGCAGGGUGAAGCAGGUGAUCUCCGUGAGAGGAUCAAACACUUGAACGACAUGGUGUUCUGUCAACAGAGGAAGGUCAAAGGAAUGAUUGAGGAGGUCGAAUCUCUGCGAGCUCAAGUUGCGCAGAAGGACAUGUUCAUCUCUGAGCUUCUGGACAGAAUUGCAAUAGUGGAGUGUGAGAAUAAUGAAUUAGAAGACAAGCUCAAGUAUUUUAUGUCCACACAGAAUAAGCCGCGAGAGGUUUUGGAAACCAGGGAGAUAGGAGUAGGCUGCGAUCUGCUCCCCAGACGUGAAGCACAGAGGUAUGAUGAACCUGUUCAGUGUGAACAAACUCAUCUACAUUCCAUGCAGCCCCCACCAUCUGAUCAUCCUCCAUCACCACUGAAGCCUCCAUCACCAACUCAAACGCUGUCACCCACACAGCCUUCAUCACCCACUCAUCCUCUAUCACUUACACCAAACCCUUCCCUCAUAGAGCCCUCACCCCCGGCACAACCCUCAUCAUCCUCUCCCAUUCAACAUCCAUCAUUCUCCCUAACAUUGCCCACUCAACCAAGGACGUUUAAGCCAAAUAACCUUCCCCCCAGUAGGCUGGAGUCCAGUUUACUAAGGUACACUCCUGUUCAGUACAGCCGCUUCCUGGAGUCCAGCCCCUCACGGGAACGUGGGAUGUUCUCCUACACCCGCUCAUCUGAGUCUAACCCUGAUGUGAGUCCGGUCCAGCCUGGAGGGGAUGAAGUAGACAAACAAGUAAACAGAGGCACGCAGUCAAGUCCAGAGGAGUCCACUUCAUCUUCACCUUCUUCUCGACCACGAUCAGGAGCACCUCGAGUUUACACGCCAUUCAUGAAGCAUGGAAAUGACAUCACAGAUAAACAUCGAGUGAAAUUAAAGUAGCAGUUCUGGAAAAUUCAUGAACCAAGACUUAAAUAAGGAGAUUGAAGCUAUGAAGUAAUUUAGUUUAAUGUAAUUACUGAAAACAGGGAAAAAAAGUAACCCACACUGUUUUUUCAAAAGCAACAAAAUGAAGCCAUGAGCAUUAAACUGAAAACAGGAAACUAGAAUAAAAACAUAAUUUUAUCAAACUUGGGGAGAAAACACCUGGAAACUAAUGGAGACUCGAGGAAGUCAUUGCUCCCGGUUAUGAAAUAGUCCAGUCCAGAUUCUCUGCUGAGUGUUAGCUGAGAUUUUUACACCAUGAGUUAAGAAUUUAAUUACUUUUCUUUAAACUUGCUGAUUCGAUUACCUUUGGACAUUUGUUUCCUAUCUCUCUCUUUUUUUUUGGAUCUUUGCUAAGCUGUAGCUACAUGUGAAGCUAAUCUGUACACCCACAGUAAAUAUGUAGCAGGAAAUACGUAGCUAGUAGCUAAAAGCUAAAAGUGUCUAAUUCUGUCUACACAUGCACAGAAAAAGACAAUCCUAUUAAAGAACACUGUUGGGGCAGCGUAGUAGCAACAUCCUCUAUCAGUCUCUUACUUGAACUUAACAUUUAAAUUAUGUACCAUAAAAAUGUGAGAUGGGCCUUUAGUGACCACAGAGAAAUGCCAAAAUGUCACCAGUUGGAAAUAUUGCUGCUUACUAAAUUAUGACCAAAUGCACUGUUGGCAUUGUGUAAUGUGUUUGUAUGGUAAUCAAUCAGAGACCGUGACAUAUCAGUUAAAUUUGGCUCCUUGCAAGAUGACAGGUGAAAAAGUGGGGAGGUAAAGUGGGCGCCUACAGAGUUAAUCUAAACUUUGAGGUAAGCGAUUGAAACAUCAACCAAUGUGUGUGGAGAAAAUCACUAACUGAGAAAUGACAGGGUGGGAAAUAAAUGUAUAUAAACUACAUGGACUGUAGUACUGGCCCACCUAUACGUUACGCCUACAGGAGCUGCUCGGCCAUGGGAACCCAUGCCAACUCUGCGAAGCUCCCAGCGCACAGUUUUUGUGCUGAUGUUAAUGCCAGAUGAGCUCUGCAGUUAUUGAGUCAGCAGAACGUUGGUGACUUUAAUGCACUGUAACCUUAUGUGGUCCGCCGCUUCACGGCUGAGUUGCUGUGGUUGCAGUAAUAUCACUUACAGCUGAUUAUGGAAUAUCUCUGACAGUGGCAUCCUAUUACAGCACCGUGCUCAAAUUUAAUGAGCUCUUUGGAGCUAUCCAUUGUCUCUUUGUAAAGGCAGACUACAUGGCUAGGUGCUUGACUUUAUAUACUAAUGGACUGAACACCUGAAUUCUUACAUUAAAAGGUGUGGCCCAAUACUUUUGUCCAUAUAGUGAAUGUACCUAAAAGGGUUACUUAUUACACAGUCAGAGGUGUUAACAUCUACUAGACCAACUGGCAGCUACAAAGUGAUGGGCAACAAAAGAAGAGCUUCUUAUGUGGAUGGGGCUUAAUUUCUAAAGUGUUGAAUUAUUCCUUUACAACUCAGUUUGUCUUUGGUCUAAUUUUUACUGAUCUUCUUUUUAAAAAUUACAGGAAUGUGUUUUAAACAGUUUAAAUAUUGGCACAUCCAUGUCAGUAAUAUCUCAGUCAUUUAUGUUGGACGAUGACUUUGGUCGAUGAUGAAAAAAUGUGGGUUUUCAUCCCAUAUUUGCACAUAGCUCUAGUAAUAAUAUAAGUUGCUUGCUGUAGGAUGUAAAUGAUGCAAUGUUGUGUAAAAAAUAUUUUUCUAACUGAUGAAAUAUGGAGUUAUAUUUCUUGUUUACAGUGAACGUAGUCUUUUUAUGUUGCUCGUGGAGCUAUGAGCAUUCAGUCCUAUAUGAAGGUUGAUAUGGUUAUUGUCUGUAUUUUCCUGACAUUUUAUAUGUGCUCUGUACAAAUUAAACAUAUAUUACUAUGUUACUGUCACAUGAUGUACUGUACAUAAUAUUUAUUAACAUGCUUUGUGCCUUUGUGACAGCCUACUCUCUGAUCCUGGUGGUGGACGGGAAUCUAUUUUAGUUGGCAACAGUGUAAUAUGAUAAAAUAAGAUGUGGUAAAUUCAUGAGAAAACUUUCCAACCUCUUCGAUGUAAUUGACUUUAAUGAGAUAACUGCCAUUCCUGAGCCACGGACACAAGCUUUAUCCAGGUGUUGUCUGUACUGCCACAACUGUGUUUGAAACAGCUUUAUGAUGUGCCUUUUCCUCAUUGAUACAUAUCAUACUGCGACUAAUGAUGAGAGGUCAGAAUCUGUUUGGAUAUUAAAGACUGUGCAAAUA